ACUCCACACGUUUAUUCAAGUGAGUGAGUUAAGAGUAGGCAGAGGCUAUUCAAACUAUUCUGGAUUCCUAGGGUUUCUGCAAUUGAGUCAAGGGUGGUAGAAUAUGAUUGGUGGAUUCUGCGGUGGUAUUCAAUUCAAUUGACAAAUGGUCUUCUUCUUCAUCGUUCAAAUUGAGCAUCACUCACUUGAGAAGAUAAUUUUCAGCGAAGAAAGAUGAACGAACAACGACAAAAUAACACAAAAAGCCUCUCUAUGUUUUACAAUCUUCCUCACGAUUUGUUCGUUCAAAUUUUGCUGAGGUUACCGGUGAGAUCUCUCGUCCGUUUCAAAUGCGUUCGCAAAUCGUGGUGCUCUCUGAUUUCCGAUCCCAAAUUUGGUAAAUCUCACUAUGACCUAGCUGCUUCACCCAACCACCGCUGUCUUACAAAAGGUAACGAUUCUAAAAUUGAGUCCAUAGAUGUAGAUGCAGCAUCAUUUCACAAUUCUGAGUCUUGUGUAGUAAACCUCAAAUUUCCGCUUCCGACACCCCGUGAGGAAUAUAGUGUUUUUGGACCUGACCCCCCUAGUUAUGUUGAGUUCUUGGGUUCAUGUAGAGGGUUUAUUCUUGUAGCCUAUCCACAUGGUGAUGUCAUUGUAUGGAAUCCAUCAACUGGUGUCCACAGAAGAAUUGCAGACGACCUUGAUGAGAUGAUUGCUCUAUAUCUAACUGGCUUUGGGUAUGACAGAUCAACGGAUGAGUACUUGCUCGUUCUUAUUGACGUGAUUCCUUUGGGCGUUUUUGAAGUAGAUCCAGACCAAGCAGAUAAUAUUCAUACUACCAUUCGCAUUUUUUCCAUGAAAACAAAUUCCUGGUUUGACCAGGAGGGUACUUAUGCUCAAUAUGUGGAUAUGGGUUCUGAUGAUCUCAAAAUUGCGACCUUUUUUAACGACGCCCUGCAUUGGUUGGUUACCUCUUAUGAAACUGAUCAUCAUGUAAUUAUAUCCUUUGAUUUGGUAAAGAGGAAUUUUUCUGAAAUUCCUUUGCCACAAGUUUUAGUCACGGAAUUAGAAUUUUGGUAUCAUUUGAGGGUCAUGGGAGAAUGUCUCAGCCUAUGUUACCCGGGUGAUAAGACUUCAACGGCUGAGAUUUGGAUGAUGAAAGACUAUAAAGUGCAGACAUCUUGGACUAAGUUAUUUGUUUUUUCUACUUGUAACAUUUCUCGCGGUGUCAUUUAUCCAAUAUGUUUCACCAAACAUGGUGAAUUUUUUUGUUCACAUGGGUCUGGAAGAUUAAUGAUAGUUGAUGACAAAGGAUGGCGGCUUCUUGAUCAGAGCACAGAGCCCAUACCCCAUAUGAUACUAUAUGGAUUGUAUAGAGAGAGUUUACUAUCACUCCCUAAUGACUUUCAACAAGCAAGUGAAGAUGACCAUCUGACAAUUUCCUUGGUGGAGACAAGUGAAGACGACCAAUAGUAUUUGGCAAUAAGAAUCAGGGCCUUUAAGGGUGCAAGAGUGCUCUACAGAGUUAUGCUUGAUGUUUUGGCUUUCCUUGAUGAUAUUGCAAGAAGAGAGCUUAGCAUUUGAAAGAUAAUGUUAUUUAUAUAAUGUUAAAUCAUCUUGUUUCAGUAGUGUUUGCUUAGUCGUGAUUCCGGUAAGUUGGAGUCGAGCCAGGCUUUUGAACUUUAUCAUGCUUUAAGUAUGACUUAGGAAAUCCGAGCUGGAGUUUGUACUUAGUACAUGCUAUUUAGCAUCUUUAUCUUUUUUUCCUCUUAAUAUUGUUAUUGACUUAUUGCA